CGAGGCUCCGCUGAAGUCCGUGCAACUGGCUGCAGGAAAAGCAAAGUCUAGUGGUAUCCUGGAUUUGUUGGAAUUUUUGCAACCGGCUGACGUUGCCGAGCAAGUUCGUUUUGGGCUCAGCUACGGCGUGGGUGCUACUUCUGGAAAAGCUGGAAGUUUAUUUGCAUCAUCAGGCAGCAACGAACUUAGCCC